AUAAAUAACUAUUAUGUCUAACAAUAAUAAAGCUAUUUUCAUGAUUAUAACGUCCACGGUUUUGUUUUACGUUGCGUAUUACGUCUGGAAUAGUAACAGCGAAAGCACAGAUGACGCGAACAAAAAAGAGAACGAUAAUGAAACUAACAAUAAUACCACUGAGAAAGCCUCAAAUACGAAUAUAGAAGCGGAUAAUGCCGAUGUGUCGAAGAAAAUAGUCGUAUACUAUGGCAGUCAAACCGGUACAGCAGAGAGAUUCGCCAAAACCCUUGCACAUCGGCUAGCAGACUGGAACUCAAUAUUCCAAAGAUCUAGCGUCAAUCUAGAGGAAUUCGAUGAACACGAUCUACUCCGCCCUAAUACCAUCGCCAUAUUUCUAAUAGCAACGCAUGAUGAUGGACACUUUCCAGACAAUGCUGAAAGAUUUGUAAGAUGGCUAAGGUUAAUGGAAGACGAAUCCAAAAGACUGGAAUGUCUUGAAUAUUGUAUCUUCGGACUGGGUAGCACUGAGUAUCCUCAGUUUAAUAAUGCAUCCAAAAAUCUCAACAAUAUAUUGAUCAAUCUGGGUGCCAAAGCACUUUUACCAAUAAAAUUGGGUGACGAUGCAACCGAUUUAAAAAGUGACUUUGAAGAAUGGUCACGAGAUGUAUGCAAUGCCUUGGCAAAAAGGCUCGUGAUAGAGCCUGUUUCAGAAACAUUUUACGAAAAACCAUUACUCGUAAGCCUAAAAGAAACCUGGAGGGAUUGCGUGCCGUUAGAGUUAAGAUAUCUGUCCAAAGAUCAGAUAAAGAGCGAUUGUACACCCAUAAGUGCUACUGUUGUAUGCAAGCAGCAAUGGCAAUGUGUAGAUCAUGUGGUUAUCGAUAACAUCAAUAUGACACCAGAAAGUGAAGAGACGACAAAUAUGCUAACAAUCGAAUCAUAUGGUGAAUUCAAUGCAGCUGAAACGAUAAACGUAUUGUAUGCAAAUCCUCCUAAGGUUGUAUCGUAUUUCAUGGAUAAACUAAAUAUAAAAGAACAAGAUAUGGAAAAGCUCAUCACAUUUGUACCGAGAUAUGCAACAGUAGACACACAAAUGAACUUUGAAGCCCCGUUCCCAAUACCAUGCACAAUUGGUGAUGCAUUGCGUUAUUAUUUGGACCUCACGGGAUUGCCGGAUGAAGAAACGUUACGUAACUUGGGGACAUUCUUGCAAAGCAACCACUCAUGUCAAUACCUCAAUAAACUCUUCAAGAGAAAAGCUUUGAUGAAAAUAAUGAAAGAGGAAUUGCACUUGACGCUGCAAGAGUUUAUUGAAAUUUUUAUGCAUGAUGCAAUAUUCAACAUUGGAGGCUUUUUACAAAUUAUACCCAAGAAGGUAACAAAAGCAUAUACUGUAUCUUCCCAUCCAAAGACAAACAAGAUUGAUUUAACAAUAAAACUUGUUAAGAAAAGGAAUUUUACUUUCAAAACAUUCAAAUCGAGAAUUCAAAAGGAGAUCGGCUACGAAGUAAGGCCAGGCACGGAAAAAAUGUUCGCUUUGCAUCGCAUGUAUAAAGGAGCUUGUACUCAUUAUUUGUGUUCGCUCCAAAAGGGGGAUGUAGUAAAACUAUACAAGAGACCAUCUGCUUUCAGCCUAAUCAGCGAUAUAUUCGAUAAGCCAUUGGUCAUGAUAGCAAACGGGUCAGGCAUCGCACCAUUCAGAGCAUUGUGGCAACAGGGGAACACAACGCACCGACGCAUAAUAUUCUUCGGUUUCAGAGAUGAGCAACAUAUCUUGUAUAAGGAAGAAAUUGAAGGUUUAAAGAACAUGCCGAACUACAGUGUAAACAUCGCACUUUCUAGAACCGGAAAGCACGAAUACGUACAACAUAUAUUACGAAACCACAUUAUCCAAGUGCAAGAUAUUCUAAACUCAAGCGGAUUGAUAUACGUGUGUGGGAGCAAAGCCAUGGGUGCCCAGGUCAAAGCAAUGCUUCAACAUUUUCUGAAGAUUGACAUUGCUGUGCUAAAAACGCAACAAAAAUAUGUCGAAGAACUUUGGUAGAUUUUC